UCCCCACGGAAGUCCCCUCUCUCUAUUUAUACACCGUCGCCACCGGGUUCUUCCUCGGCAACCCAAACACCGCCAUAGCCAGCAGCUCCCACCAGCUUUCUCUCUCUAGCUCUCUCUCCUCUCUCUCUCUCUCUCUCUCUAGCGCUCUCUCACUAGCUUCCUCUCUUGAGUGCCGCGAACUCGACGUUUGACCGCCUUCGCCCCGACGUCAAUGGCGCCAGAACUCGUGCCCGCCUCGGUGAAGCCCGCCGCCAAGCCCGUGGCGCUGUCCCGGGCCUACGUGACGUUCCUGGCCGGCACCGGGGACUACGUCAAGGGUGUAGUCGGGCUGGCCAAGGGCCUGCGGAGGGCGCGGUCGGCGUACCCGCUGGUGGUGGCCGUCCUGCCGGACGUCCCCGCGGAGCACCGCCUGAUCCUGGAGGAGCAGGGGUGCGUGGUCCGGGAGAUCGAGCCCGUGUACCCGCCGGAGAACCAGACACAGUUCGCCAUGGCGUACUACGUCAUCAACUACUCCAAGCUCCGUAUCUGGGAGUUCGUGGAGUACAGCAAGAUGAUAUACCUGGACGGCGACAUCCAGGUGUUCGACAACAUCGACCACCUCUUCGACCUGGAGGACGGCUACUUCUACGCCGUGAUGGACUGCUUCUGCGAGAAGACGUGGAGCCACACCCCGCAGUACGCCAUCGGGUACUGCCAGCAGUGCCCCGACAAGGUGCGGUGGCCCGACGAGAUGGGCCCGCCCCCGGCCCUCUACUUCAACGCCGGCAUGUUCGUGUACGAGCCCAGCCUCGCCACCUACCACGACCUCCUGAGCGCCGUCAAGGUCACCCCGCCCACCUCGUUCGCGGAGCAGGACUUCUUGAACAUGUACUUCAGGAACGUGUACAAGCCCAUCCCGCUCGCGUACAACCUCAUCCUGGCGAUGCUGUGGCGCCACCCGGAGAACGUGGAGCUCGAGAAGGUGAAGGUCGUCCACUACUGCGCAGCGGGUUCGAAGCCGUGGAGGUACACUGGGAAGGAGGAGAACAUGCAGAGAGAGGACAUCAAGAUGCUGGUCAAGAAAUGGUGGGACAUCUACGAGGACGAGUCCCUCGACUACAAGAAGAAGGCAGCGGUGGCGGCGGCAGCCCAGGGCGAGGCCGAGCCAGUCAACAUGGAGCCGUUCUUCGCGGCCCUUUCCGAAGCCGGCGAAGUACAGUACGUCACGGCCCCCUCGGCCGCUUAGCCGGCUCGGAUCUCUCCGGCCCGUUGGAGAGAUGUUAUCCAAAUAAUGCGUGUAAAGAUUGCUGUCGAGGGCAGAAUCUUCCUUUUUUAAGAAGGAAGGAAGGAAGGAAGGAGAAGAGAUCAUGUUGGGAAUAUGUGGUAAAAUUAGAUAGUG